AAAAAAUGAGUUCCAAGUCAAGUCAAUUUAAAUUGCAAUUGCUGGGACAACUUUGAUAGCGUGUAAAAGGAUCAUAAGAUUUAUGGUCAAUUUGCGUGAGGUUUGGGCUGUUGAAGACUUGAAGCUUAAUUUAGCCACAAAUUUUGCAUAUCAUCUUUUUAAUUUGGCUAUAAAUAUUAAUGUUUGGUUGCUCAGUAUUAAUUUCAUGUAUAUUUUCCAUCCCUUAUAGUAAAGAGUAUUGAGUAGAAUAUGGAAUCAUGGAUGUGGUGUUUCCUUCUCUGUUCCCAUUUGCUCAUCCUUUAUUUUUCACCCUCUCAUUCCUUAUGCCACCCCCAUGACACCUCUGCCUUGCUCCACUUCAAAAACUCCUUCAUUAUUUAUGAACAUCCUUAUUAUGAUGAAUGUGAUACUGCUGGUUAUUCUUCAAAGACGAGAACAUGGGAAAAUGGGACAGAUUGUUGCUCUUGGGCUGGAGUCAGCUGCCACCCCAUCUCAGGUCACGUCACUGAGCUCGACCUCAGCUGCAGUGGCAUUGUCGGUAAUAUCGAUCCAAACAGUACGCUUUUCCAUCUUUCUCAUCUUCACUCACUCAACCUUGCUUUAAAUGAUUUUGAUGAAUCUCAUUUGUCAUCUCUCUUUGGUGGGUUUGUGAGCCUCACUCAUCUCAACUUGUCUGGUUCGGGCUUUGAAGGGGAUAUUCCUUCCCAAAUUUCUCACCUUUCCAAAUUAGUCUCACUUGAUCUCUCAUAUAAUAUGUUAAAGUGGAAGGAAGACACUUGGAAGAGAUUGCUCCAAAAUGCAACAGUUUUAAGGGUGCUUGUUUUUGAUUAUGGAACAGAUAUGUCUUCCAUUUCAAUCAGGACACUCAAUAUGUCUUCCUCUUUGGUUACUCUUAGUCUUCAAGACAAUGGGCUAAGAGGAAACUUGACAGAUGGCAUUCUCUGUUUACCAAAUCUUCAGCACUUGGAUCUUUCAUAUAAUUGGGCCCUUAAAGGUCAGCUUCCAGAAGUGAGUUGCAGAACAACUUCUCUUGAUUUCUUAGAUCUUUCACAUUGUGGUUUCCAAGGGUCAAUCCCUCCCUCUUUCUCCAACCUCAUACAUCUCACUUCCCUGGACCUUUCAGAUAACAACCUCAACGGUUCAAUCCCUCCCUCUUUCUCCAACCUCAUACAUCUCACUUCCCUGGACCUUUCAGAUAACAACCUCAACGGUUCAAUCCCUCCCUCUUUCUCCAACCUCAUACAUCUCACUUCCCUGUACCUUUCAGGUAACAAACUCAACGGUUCAAUCCCAUCCUCACUCUUAACCCUCACACAUCUUACUUCCUUGUAUCUCUCAUUUAACCAACUCAGUGGUCAAAUCCCAGAUGUCUUUCCUCAGUCAAACAGCUUUCACGAAUUGGAUUUGGGUUAUAACAAAAUAGAGGGUGAGCUGCCAUCAACACUUUCAAAUCUUCAACAUCUCAUUCUCUUGCAUCUUUCACAUAAUAAAUUGGAGGGCUCUCUGCCUAACAAUAUAACAGGGUUUUCAAACCUAACAUCGUUAUGGUUAAAUGGCAACUUCCUGAAUGGGACAAUUCCUUCUUGGUGUUUAUCUUUGCCAUCUUUGGUGGAAUUAUAUCUAUCAGGAAACCAACUCUCUGGGCAUAUUAGUGCAAUCUCAUCAUAUUCCUUGGAGACAUUGUCUUUAUCCCACAACAAGUUACAAGGCAAUAUUCCAGAAUCAAUUUUUAGCCUUCUAAACCUUACUUACUUAGGUCUAUCAUCAAACAAUUUAAGUGGAUCUGUCAAAUUUCAUCGUUUCUCCAAGCUUCAAUAUUUGGAAGAACUUCACCUUUCAUGGAAUGAUCAGUUAUCACUAAAUUUCGAAUCCAAUGUCAAUUAUAAUUUCUCUAAUUUAAGGUUGUUGAACUUAUCUUCUAUGGUUUUAACUGAAUUUCCAAAAUUAUCGGGAAAAGUCCCAAUUUUAGAAUCACUCUAUUUGUCCAAUAACAAACUUAAAGGUAGAGUGCCACAUUGGUUGCAUGAAAUAUCGUUAUAUGAAUUGGACCUCUCUCAUAACCUAUUGACACAAUCAUUGCACCAAUUCUCGUGGAACCAACAACUCGGUUCCCUUGAUCUUAGUUUUAACUCAAUCACUGGUGACUUCUCUUCCUCAAUUUGCAAUGCAAGUGCAAUUGAGAUUCUCAACUUGUCUCACAACAAGUUGACAGGAACCAUUCCACAAUGCCUUGCAAACUCAUCAUCCCUUCAAGUUUUGGAUCUACAACUGAACAAGCUUCAUGGCACUUUGCCAAGUAUCUUUUCAAAGGACUGUCGGCUCAGAACUCUGGAUCUCAAUGGCAACCAACUAUUAGAAGGUUUUUUGCCAGAAUCUUUAUCCAAUUGCAUUGAUCUGGAGGUUUUAGAUCUUGGAAACAAUCAAAUAAAGGAUGUGUUUCCCCAUUGGCUUCAAACUCUACCAGAAUUGAAAGUAUUGGUUUUGCGAGCCAACAAGUUGUACGGUCCCAUUGCCGGUUUAAAGAUCAAGCAUGGAUUCCCCCGUUUAGUCAUCUUUGAUGUCUCUUUCAACAACUUCAGCGGCCCAAUACCAAAAGCCUACAUACAAAAAUUUGAAGCGAUGAAGAACGUUGUUAUAGAUACCCAUCUGCAGUACAUGGAAAUUUCUAUUGGAGCUAAGAUGUACAGUGAUUCUGUGACUAUAACAACAAAAGCAAUUACUAUGACAAUGGACAAAAUUCCAAAAGGCUUUGUAAGCAUUGAUUUAUCAAAAAACGGAUUUCAAGGAGAGAUUCCAAAUGCCAUUGGAGAGCUUCAUGCCCUCAAAGGGAUGAACCUUUCCCAUAACAGACUUAUUGGUCCUAUUCCCCAAUCCAUGGGAAAUUUGACAAACUUAGAAUCAUUGGAUCUCUCCUCAAAUAUGGUCACUGGUGGUAUACCUACAGAAUUAACCAAUUUGAACUUUCUUGAAGUCCUAAAUCUUUCCAAUAACCAUCUUGCGGGAGAAAUACCUCGAGGACAACAGUUCAGUACUUUUACCAAUGAUUCCUAUGAGGGAAACUCAGGGUUAUGUGGACUCCCACUGACAAUCAAAUGCAGCAAGGACCCUGAACAACAUUCUCCAACUUCAACUACCUUGAGGAGAGAAGGAGGAUUUGGAUUUGGUUGGAAACCAGUGGCUAUAGGAUAUGGAUGUGGAAUGGUCUUUGGAGUGGGAAUGGGAUGUUGUGUAUUGUUAAUAGGAAAGCCUCAAUGGCUUGUGAGAAUGGUUGGAGGUAAACUCAAUAAAAAGGUGAAAAGGAAGACAAGGAUGAGAUCUAAUGAAAAUUGUAGCAGAAUGAAUUAGUUGAUAUAUGGCAUGACUGGAGAAUGUCUUGUUACAUACCUGCCAUCUUUGAAAACAAAACUUAAGGGCAAGAACUUUAUCACACUGCAUUGCAUGGGAGAUCUGGUUCAAAGUUUUGCUGUAAUAUGAAUGUGUUGUACUUUUGCUUUUUUGUGUGUUCUUUUUCGUUUGUUGUGUAGAAGAGUGCGAUGUAUUGAGUUGCAGUUUUGAUUUAUUUAAUACGUAUAACUGUGGCAUUAAUUGGUUGUAUAAUAAUAGAUGUUGUAUAUUUUUAAAAAUGCUAUGUAUUGGCCAAUGCUAAAAUAUCUUGUAUCUUAAUUCAAGAGCUGAAUUCACGGUUUUA